AUGGCGGCCUUCAAGAUGCUCGGAAAGUGGCUCAACGGUAGCGGAUGGGCAGAGGCUCUCUGCAAUGCAGGUGUGGCUACACAAGGCGUAGCUAAUUCAUUCCUUGCAGCAAGUCAUCUAACUCGAACGCGACGAGCACACCAAGUUACAGCAGUCAGUCUACAUUUGCUCAUGGUGAAAGGAUACGAUGAAUACACUCUUAAUGUUGAAGAGAAUGAUCAGCUCAAAUCUUUUCAUGAAUGGAGAGAAGAGAUGUCCGAGAAAUGUCCCCAGUUUUUGUAUUGGUCUGGAGUAUUGGAGUUGCAGCUCUGCGUUUUUCAGCUUGUGAGAGCGUUUAGAGAAGCCAACUUUACUCUGUACGUCAACGCCAUCAAGCAGAUUUUACCAUGGAUGUUUGCAAUGGACCAUCCCAACUACGCCAGAUGGCUAUCUGUCCACUAUCGAGAUAUGUGCGAGCUUGCAGUCCGACAUCCAGAGGUCUACACACAAUUCACGAGAGGUUGUUUUGUAGUUCAUCAGACGAGGAGGUCGUUUUCUUCCAUAGCGCUGGACCACGCACACGAACAAGUGAAUGCCGUAGUCAAAGGCGACGGAGGUGCUGUUGGACUCACGGAAAACCCUGCAGCCCUCAGAAGAUGGAUGGUCGCAGGACCAGAGGUAACAAGAAUGGUGGAGGAAUUUGAAUGCAACGUCUCUAAUUCUGAUUCACACAACCACCAUGAGCAGUCACCUGGCGUCCAGAGCGCGUUCGCCAAAGAUGUUUUGAAUGUGAUCUCUUCCUUUGAAGAAUUAGGAAAUCCAUUUAUGGAACAGGGCGAGGAGCUCAUAGCAAUCCACACAAAGGACAUCAUGAGUAAUGAUGUUGUCGACACGGUGCGCAACGUGAAAAAGCUUGGAAAGGAGCAGUUCUGAACCUUCGUGAAAGAGCGGUUUACCGACCGGAGUACGCCAAUUACAGAGCCUCUGAAGAAAAAUAAACUGCCUACAUUCAGCACUCCAAACACUAAGGUCAUGUCCAAAACUAAAGCCAAAGUAGCGGUCUUGAAGGAGGACUGUGCUCUGUUUUCUAGGCUUUACAUAGCUUGUCAAAGCCGAGAUGGAAAUCUGCAGGAUUUUUUCAGGUUCGAAAAUCAGCCGUGGCCUACAUCACUCUCUCAAGCCGGCAAUCUCAGAGGGGGGCAGAAGGCAGAUCUGGUGAAAUGCUUGCACGACACUACAACACAGACCGUGGAACAACUAACCGUGGAUGCAGCAUUCUUGACGGAGCCGUUAUUGUCCAGAUGUUAAAACCACGAAUGGCAGAAACAUUUGAGGAGUAUUUCAAUACUGUGUUCGCCCCUUAUAUCCUGAGACAACUUGAUGCAGUGAAUAGAGUCGACCUAGUGUGGGAUGUGUAUCGAGAAGACACAUUGAAGAGAUCUGCUCAGGAAAAGAGAGGCAGUGGACAACGACGGAAAGUUCUUCCUAAAACGCGAAUCCCCUCGGACUGGAAAGGAUUUAUGCGUGUCAAUGACAACAAGGAUGAACUUUUCAAGCUACUUGCUAACAUGGUAAUAAUAAUACCUGCUCCCAUGAAGAGGCAGACACUCGCUUAAUGGUACAUGCCUUGGAUGCUCCUUGUGCGGCCAUCAUCGAAUACAGAUCAGAAGCAAUGAUACCGAUGUAGUUGUGUUAGCAAUUUCAGUAGCUAGCAGUAUUUCCGUUGAUGAGCUGUGGAUCGCAUACGGCACCGGAAAGCAUCUACGCAACAUUCCUACACAUUCCAUAGCCGCGUCGCUAGGUCGAGAGAAAGCGUCAGCGCUACCGAUGUUUCACUCCAUAACUGGAUGCGACACAGUGUCAUUUUUUGGUGGACGAGGAAAGAAGACCGCGUGGGAUGUAUGGAACGUUUUUCCCGAACUAACACCUGUACUCGAAGCGCUGGCAGCAUCACCUGAAGACAUCAACGAAGAGUGCAUGGCAAUAAUAGAGAUGUUUGUAGUUCUGCUCUACGAUCGAACAAGCAGCCUUAAAAGUGUAAACGAAGUGAGGCAAGAGUUAUUCUCAAAGAAAUCAAGAAGUCUAGAUAGUAUUCCACCCACUCGAGCAGCGCUCUUACAACACGCAAAGAGAGCAGUAUUUCAAGGUGGAUACAUAUGGUCUCAGACUCUCGUGAAGAAUCCAGUAUUACCAUCUCCUGCUGACUGGGGGUGGCAGCGUGACGGCAGUUCCUGGGUCCCAUACUGGACGACACUUCCACAAGCGAAAGAUACGUGCUACGAACUUAUUCGAUGCGGUUGUAAAACCGCAUGUAGAGGACGCUGCAAGUGCAUGAAAGCUAAUUUGACAUGCACAGGUUUGUGCAAUUGUGGCGGCAAUUGUAAGUAG